AUGUUUUCAGCAGUCACAUGCAUAUGUAUCUCAAUUUCUCAUGACUAUUCCAGGGCAAGUGACUACUCCAGACCCAGUGACUAUUCAAGAUGGGGUUCAUCUGAUGAUGACAAUGGCCUUGGAGACUCGCCAAGCACAGUCUCACCACUGUCUUAUGGUGGACCUGCCUCUACUGAAGAUGGAUAUGGAAUGCCAGGGCGUUCCAGGUAUUGCCUUCUUGCAAGUAAGCAAAUGGUAGGAAUAUUUCUAACCAUAUGGGUGAGAAGUGAAUUGAAAGAUCAUGUGCGAAACAUGAAAGUAUCCUGUGUUGGCAGAGGAUUGAUGGGCUAUCUUGGAAAUAAGGGAUCCAUCUCAAUUAGCAUGUCUCUACAUGAAACAAGCUUUUGCUUCAUUUGUAGCCACUUAACCUCAGGACAAAAGGAGGGUGAUGAAUUAAGAAGAAAUUCUGAUGUGAUGGAGAUUCUUAAGAAGACAAGGUUUCUACGUGUACAUGAUGCUGACAAUGAGAAGUCUCCCGAGACAAUCCUCGAGCAUGAUCGAAUUAUAUGGCUUGGAGACUUGAAUUAUCGGAUUGCCCUCUCCUACCGUUUUGCUAAGGCACUUGUUGAGAUGCAAAACUGGAGAGCAUUGUUGGAGAAUGACCAUUUGAGAAUAGAGCAGAAGAGAGGCCGUGCAUUUGUGGGAUGGAAUGAAGGGAAGGUUUAUUUCCCUCCAACAUAAAAGUAUUCAACUAAUUCAAAUAGGUA